AUGGAUAUGAUUCCCGUCUUCUUCCUCGCGUGGAUCUUAAAUUCGGGUGAUGCUUUCAAUGACUUCCCGUCGCUGAUAUCCUCUAAUGCCUCGAUGGCGGUCGUUAUCGACAAGGCUUUCUUCGAUAAUAAAGCCGAGUAUCGCGACAUAGUAAAAAAUAUUUACAAUUUUAUCACAGCAAUUACGAGAGAAGACAUUCAUAUGGCUGAUAUUGAUGUACACGUCUUUCGAGGAACGAAGAUACAGAAUCUUCGAGAUUUUACGGUGCUUUUAUCCGUGGCCUCUUGUUAUCAAAUGUGGAGCCUUCACGAUGCAGCUCGUAAAGAGGAUCUCAUACAUUUAGCAAUAACAGAUCAGGACUGUCCACGGCUUCCUGAUUCGGAGGGUGUGAGUAUCCCCUUAAUAUUGCCAGGCAAAGAAUUAUCUCAGAUCUUCUUCGAUAUAAGAGCGGUCGACGCUUUGCUCUGGAACAAUGUCAACAUACUGCACGACGAUACUUUCGAUAGGGACACGAUCGGCAGAGUCACAAAAGCAUUGUCGAUCUCAUUGCCAAACAAGAAAUUUAACCUGGUCUCCAGAGCGUUAUUUACUUUUAAGCACGAUGAUUCUGAACGUAACAGAAGGUACCACAUAAAAGACAUGCUUCAAAGCUUCCACGUAGAACAAUUGGGAAAAUGCUUUCUGGUAAUCGUCACGAUAGACACAGCGGCUGAUGUCAUGGAAGUUACAAAGUCUUUAAAUAUGGCCCUACCCGACAGCCAGUGGUUCUAUGUCAUCACUGAUAGUGUAGUACGAAAUUCUACAAAUAUUACCAGCUUCGUCAAUUUAUUGACCGAAGGCAGCAAUGUAGCUUUUAUUUAUAAUGUGACAGACAGCGAUACACAUUGCAAUGUCAGUUUAAAAUGUCAUAUCCAAGAGUUGAUUAUGGCUUUGGGUAACGGUUUAAAAAUGUCGUUGAUGACUGAAGUAGAAUUAUACAGUCAUAUGACCGAUGAGGAGUUUGAACUCGUCCGAUUAAACAAGCAGGAAAGACGUCAGGAAGUUCUCAAAAGUAUUAAAAUAAAGCUAAUCGAGGAUACUUUCUCUACGGACGGCGUUUGUAGUAAAUGUCUGUUUUGGCGAUUCGCUUCGGCCAUAACAUGGGGAAACUUCUUUGUUCACGGCAAAAACGUCGCGCACUUGAUCGAAUCGGGAACGUGGAUGCCCGUUCUAGGUGCCAAUUUUACAGACGUUCUUUUUCCGCACGUAGUGCACGGCUUCCGAGGGAUCAGAGUACCGAUCGCUACGUAUCACAAUCCGCCGUGGCAAACUAUCUCGUUGUCUAACUCUGGCGAAAAGGAAUAUGGAGGACUCCUUUUUGACGUUGUAAAAUAUCUGGGGAAAAAACUGAACUUCACUUAUACCGUGCUCAGCCCGAUGGCCAAUCAGACCGUCCAGUUCACUCAUAACGAGACUGUAGCCAAUGUGUCGUAUAGCUUCCUAACUGCAAAACCGGGCCAACUUUCCAGAGCGUUGUUGUUCACGGAGCCCUUUACUAAAGAGACAUGGGCCUGCCUGGCAGCAUCCAUUAUGAUAAUGGGCCCGAUCUUGUACCUGAUUCACAAGUACAGUCCAAGCAGCACGAAGACAUCGGGACUCAACUCCUCCUGGCAAUGCGUAUGGUACGUUUACGGAGCCCUUCUUCAGCAAGGAGGAAUGUACUUACCCCAUUCCGAUAGCGCUCGCCUGUUGGUUGGUGUCUGGUGGUUGGUUGUGAUGGUCUUGGUAGCAACCUAUUCCGGAAGCUUGGUCGCGUUCCUAACAUUCCCAAAUACGGACACUGCCAUGCUGACCAUAGAUGAUCUCAUCGCUCAUAAAAGUAAAUUAACCUGGGGCUUUCCUAAUGGCAGCUUUUUAGAGGAGUAUCUAAAGAAUUCCGAUGAAGAAAAGUAUCAUAUUCUUUUGAAGCGAGCUGUAAUUCAUAAUGCGACGCAGCAAGUUGAAAUGAUUGAGCAAAUAAAGGCAGGCAAGCACGUGUUAAUUGACUGGAGGAGCACAUUGAGAUUCUUGAUGAGAAGUGACCUGUUAUUAAAUAAGGGAUGCGCCUUUUCUUUGAGCACUGAUCAAUUUAUGGACGAGCCCAUAGCGAUGAUUAUUGCAAAAGAUAGUCCUUACACAAAGAUUAUCAACGCUGAGUUACACCGCAUGCACGAGUCUGGAUUAAUGAACAAGUGGAUAGCGGAGCAAAUACCGGUGAAAGACAAAUGUUCGGACAGCUUCUCCAAUCAGGCCGUAGAAGAACGCAAAGUAAACGUCACGGAUAUGCAGGGCAUAUUUUUUGUGCUUUUCAUGGGUGUGACCGGAUCGAUAUUUCUUCUAUGCUGCGAGUUUUGCUGCCAUAAACGACAAGUGUCAAAGCGGCGUAAAUUGAUUCAACCUUUUGUCUCUUGA